UUUCAGCUACCACAGUAAAGAGUUAACAAGGCGAAGAAGAACGGAACGAAGCGCUAGCUGUGUUAGCUUGUGUUCAGAAAACGGUGGUGUUUUGUUCGGACGUUUGUGAGGUUUUUGGACAGAAAGGACGAUACGUGGUUCGUGUCGGACCUCUCAGCGUUUUCCAAAGUGUCGUAAAUGAGUGAAUACGUGUUGAACGUAAAGACAACGUGGCUGUGAUUGAGAGACUAGCAGAUGAUCGGAGCUGCUGCUGUUCAGAGGACGGCGGUGUUUGUGUGAGUUGGAGCUGAAGAUCUUCUGCAGCUGCAGGAACCAUGUCUUCACUUCAGUCUCUGAGAGAGUUUAUCAGCGAGCGACUAGCUGCUGCUGCUGAAGAAAUCUUCAGACACUGUGAAGGAACCAUCGUCCAGUACGAGCAGGAGCUCUGUCGUCAGCGCAAACUGCUGGAUAUCAGAAAACCACAGCUUCAACCAAACGCUAUAGUCCAACCCCAGCAUUAUGUAAGCGAGAAGGAGGAUUUCUGCAACAAACUGAGGAACUCCAGAAUGGAACGUGAAGAACCAGAACCUGCACAGAUUAAAGAGGAACCAGAGGAAGCAGAGCUACCACAAAUGAAAGAGGAGCAAGAAAGGCUUUGUAUCAUUCAGGUUGACGAGCAGCUUGAUCUGAAGCAGGAGACUGAUACCUUGAUGGAGAUUCCUACUUAUGGGGAAAACGAGCACAAUGAAGGAGAUCUACACAAUCCGCAGAGCUUUGAUAUAACUGAUAGUCAGAGUGAAGAAGGAAACCAAGUUGAAGAAUCAACGUCAUCUACAGAUGAAGAGACAGAUCCAGAGAACCAAGAUCAGAGGAAGAGAGGGGAGAGAAGUCAUGACCAAAAUGUGGACAAACAGUCUUGCAUAAUGUCAGGUGAACAAACAAGAACUUCACAUAAUGCAACUGUCCAGAUUAGAACCGAGUCUGAUGACCGAUCUUACGUCUGUGAAGAAUGUGGUAAAGGGUUUGGUUACUGGUUUACGUUCAAAAAUCACAUGAGAUCUCACACAGGAGAAAAGCCUUAUGCUUGUAAAAGAUGUGAAACAAGUUUCAGUCAAAUAUCUCAUCUUAAAAUGCACAUGAGAACUCAUACAGGGGAAAAGCCUUUCUCCUGUGGAGAAUGUGACAAAUUGUUUAGGAGUAAGUCCUGUCUAAAAAGGCACAUGCGAAUUCAUACAGGAGAAAAGCCUUUUUCCUGUAAAGUAUGUGAUAAAAGUUUUAGUUGUAAAUCUAAUCUGAAAACACACAUGAGAACUCACACAGGUGAGAAGCCUUUUUCGUGUCAAGAAUGUGAUGCAAGUUUUAGUUAUCUAACUAGUCUCAGAAGACACCAAAACUCACACAAAUGAGAAGUGCUUUUCUUGUAAAAGAAAUAUAGGAGAACCUGAGGCGGAAAACAUGCACUGUAAAAGAGGUAAACAGGUUUUCAUCAUCUAAAAGCUUCGAAUGCCAAAUAAAAAAUAAAAUUAAAGAUCGUUACCUUUCAAUCUAUAUGUAAUGUUACAAAAAAACGUUUCACAAUUUAAAACAACUGUUACAAGUUUUUUUUUCUUCAUAAAAUUAAAUGUUUUAAAUGUACCUCUGAAUGUUAUUGUUUUGAAUUGUAACAGUUAAAUGUAAGAGGAAAUUCUAAAAUACCUUAAGCUCAGUAAACUUUUCCAGUUAGCCACUAGUUGGUUUGUUACAUAGUUCAAUCGGUCUCAAUUAAAAAACUUCAAAGCAAACACUGGAAACUAAGUUAUUGUAUUUAACAUUUGAGACUGAAAACAUAAGGUUGUUUGUUUUGUUCUUGUUCUAACAAGGGUUGUGUUUGCCCACCCAUUUUUGUUAAGUGGAUUUUGAAGUCACAGUCAUACACCAUGUCAACGUGCACAGAGCUGAAAAAUUGUCCAAAAAUUACUAAUAAAUAUCAUUCUUUGACCACA